AUGCCAUACUUUUUCGUAUCUAAUGUAAAAUUCAACAACGACUUGCCCAAACCAUAUUAUCAAACUGACGAUGUUGAAUACGAUGAAGAAGAGGACGAAAAUGCGAAAAAGGAACUCAUCAACUAUUGGCAAUAUCACGGAUUAACAGAGCGACAAGCCGAAGAGAAAUGGCGAGAACGGCGGAGACAACGUCGGGAACUUAAGCAAGAACGGAAGAAGCCAUUGAAGGCCGUGAAUCACGAUGAUUUGGAAAAACAUAUAGUAUUUAAGGUAAAGGACGAUAAGCAUUGUGUUAAUGGAAGAUUGGCACCAAUCAUAGAGGAUGGAGAAGGUGAAGAUCGAAGUUCAUGGGUUUGGCCUUCGGAAUGUGACAGAAUGAGUGUUGGGGAGGUGCUGGAUAAUGGACAGGUAUGGUGUUUUGAAUUUUAGGUAAUUUAUUUAGCUUUUGUUGAAUUUUCUACUAAUUUUUUGAUCUUUUUUUUGUUUUAUUUUUCUAUUUUUUUUAGAGAUUUUCAUUAAUUUUUCUCAAUUUUUAGAAUAUUUUAAAUGUAUUUUUGACAUUAUUCAAACUUCAGGCUCUUCUAGUAAUCAAACGACCUAAACUUUCGGCCCAACGCGAAAAAGAAGUUGGAGCAUGGGCUAAGUAUAAAUAUGAACUGGAAUUGGCAGAGCGACGAAACCACUAUGAUGAUUAUUAUUUCGAAAAGGGAGGAGAUCAAGGACAAUCUGAAGAAGAUGGGUCGAAAAAGAAAAAGGGGAUAUUCAAGAGGUUCGACAAGGAGAAUGUCAGCUUCUUCACCAUGUUAUUUUGUCAUUGGUGCUACUAA